ACUUCCGCCGCCGCCGCCGCCGCCGCCGUCGUCCGUGUGGCGUCCCCAGCUCUGCGAAGGACAGGCGUCGCGCCAGGACCCGGUGGAAUUCUGAGGUGCCAAGAUGGUGGGGGAACUCCGUUACAGGGAAUUCAGGGUCCCCCUGGGGCCCGGCUUGCACGCCUAUCCUGAUGAGCUGAUCCGCCAGCGCGUGGGCCAUGACGGCCACCCCGAGUACCAGAUCCGCUGGCUCAUCCUCAGGCGUGGGGAUGAGGGGGAAGCGGGCUCCGGCCAAGUGGACUGCAAGGCCGAGCACAUCCUGCUGUGGAUGUCCAACGAUGAGAUCUACGCCAACUGCCACAAGAUGCUGGACGAGGACGGCCAGGUGGUCGGGCCCUCACAGGAGUCCGCGGCGGAGACUGGGGCCCUGGACAAGUCUGUGCUGGGCGAGAUGGAGACGGACGUGAAGUCUCUGAUCCAGAGGGCCCUCCGGCAGCUGGAGGAGUGUGUGGGCGCCACCCCUCCUGCACCUCUGCUUCACACGGUGCACGUGCUCAGCGCCUACGCCAGCAUCGAGCCCCUCACUGGCACAUUCAAAGACCCGAGGGUCCUGGGCUUGCUCAUGCACAUGUUGAAUAGUCCUGAUUAUCAGAUCCGCUGGAGCGCAGGCCGGAUGAUACAAGCCCUGUCCUCCCACGAUGCUGGGACCCGGACCCAGAUUCUUCUGUCACUGAGCCAGCAAGAGGCCAUUGAGAAGCAGCUGGAUUUUGACAGCCGCUGUGCUCUGCUAGCACUGUUUGCACAGGCCACGCUCGCCGAACAUCCCAUGUCUUUCGAGGGCAUUCAGCUGCCACAGGUCCCAGGAAGGCUGCUCUUCUCCCUGGUGAAGCGCUAUUUGCAUGUCACCUCCCUCCUGGAUCAGCUGAAUGACAGUGCUGGAGAAUCGGGCGCCCAGAACAACUCUGCUCCUGAAGACUUGAGUGGGGACAGGGCUCGGCUGGAGCUGGAGUACAGCAUGGCCAUGGGUACCCUGAUCUCAGAGCUGGUGCAGGCCAUGCGCUGGGACCGGGCCUGGAACAGACCAGGGAGUUCUCCACGGUCCUCCUGUUCCAUCUUCCAGCCUCAGGUGGCAGAUGGGGACCCUCAGCUCCCACCCACCGAGGCUCAGCCCACCCUCAGGCGGUCAAGGCGGUUUCGCCCUCGCUCUCAGUUUGCAAGCGGCAAUACCUAUGCCUUGUAUGUGCGGGACACGCUGGAGCCGGGGAUGCGCGUGAGGAUGCUGGAUAACUUCGAGGAGAUCAGUGCCGGCGAUGAGGGCGAGUUCCAGCAGAGCAACAGCGGUGUGCCCCCUGCGCAGGUAUUCUGGGAGUCGACAGGCCGCACCUAUUGGGUACACUGGCACAUGCUGGAGAUCUUAGGCUUUGAGGAAGACAUGGAGGACAUGGUUGAAGCUGAUGAGUACCAGAGGGCGAUGGUCAGCGGCGCUCUGGAUCGAGCCCUGCCCUCCUUGCGCUGGAAGCCCAUGGCCGAGCUCCAUGCUGUGCCUUACGUGCCGCCCGAGGAUGAGGAUGCUGAGGAGAGGGAGCACCUGACCCAGGCUGAGUGGUGGGAGCUCCUCUUCUUCGUCCGGAAGUUGGGCGAGUCUGACCACCAGGAUGUUCUGCAGCUCCUCCAGGAGAACCUGGAUGGAGAGCAUAUUCUGGAUGACGAGAUCCUGGCCGAGCUGGUAGUCCCCAUAGAGUUGGCCCAGGACCUGCUGCUGUCUCUGCCACAGAAACUUGAUGACAGCGCCCUUAGGGACCUGCUCAACUGCCGUAUCUACAGGAAGUAUGGGCCUGAAGCCCUGUUAGGGCAAGUGGCCUACGCAUCCUCUGUAGAAGCUGAGCGAGAUGUCCUGCUGGAAGCCCAGGCCCGACCCCAGGAAUCAGAAGACACAGCCAGAGCUCAAGCCAAAGAAGCCCUGUGUCAGAGCCCCAAGUCUCCUCUGCAGCGUCUGGCAGAGGAUUGCGGCCCCACUGGGAAAAUCCUCCUGGAUCUAGAGCAAGCCCUUAGCUCAGAGGGCAGCCGGGAGCACGCAGUCCCACCCUUACUGCUGCAGCUCCAGCGUCAGCCCCAGCCCUUCCUCGCACUGAUGGAGAGCCUCAGCACCCCAGCCACCAACAGAGCCCUGCACCUGACUGCUCUGAGAAUCCUGAAGCAGCUGGUGGACUUCCCCGAUGCACUGCUGCUGCCCUGGCAUGAGGCCAUGAGUGCCUGCAUGGCUUGCCUGCGGUCCCCAAACACCGACCGAGAGGUGCUCCAGGAGCUGAUCGUUUUCCUGCACCACCUGACCUCAGCGAGCCGGGACUACGCCGUGGUGCUGAACCAGCUGGGAGCCCGAGAUGCCAUCUCCAAGGCCCUGGAGAAGCAUCUAGGGAAGCUGGAGCUGGCGCAGGAGCUACGGGACAUGGUGUUCAAGUGCGAGAAGCAUGCCCACCUGUACCGGAAACUCAUUACCAACAUUCUGGGGGGCUGCAUCCAGAUGGUGCUGGGCCAGAUUGAAGACCACAGACGAACCCACCGGCCCAUCAACAUCCCCUUCUUUGACGUGUUCCUCAGAUAUCUGUGCCAAGGCUCCAAUAUGGGCGAGAGCGAGGACAAGUGCUGGGAGAAGGUGGAGGUGUCCUCCAACCCACACCGGGCCAGCAAGCUGACAGACCGCAACCCCAAGACCUACUGGGAGUCCAGCGGCAGUGCUGGCUCCCACUUCAUCACCUUGCACAUGCGCCAGGGCGUCCUCAUCAGGCAGCUGAUCCUGCUGGUGGCUGGCGAGGACUCAAGCUACAUGCCUGCCCGGGUGGUGGUGUGCGGGGGCGACAAUGCGAGCUCUCUUACCACGGAACUCAACUCAGUGAAUGUGAUGCCCUGCGCCAGCCGCGUGGUCCUCCUGGAGAACCUCACCCACCCUUGGCCGGUCAUCCAGAUCCGAAUCAAGCGCUGCCAGCAGGGUGGCAUUGACACGCGCAUUCGGGGUGUGGAGGUGCUGGGGCCCAAGCCCACAUUCUGGCCAGUGUUCCGGGAGCAGCUGUGUCGUCACACACGCCUCUUCUACAUGGUUCGCGCACAGGCCUGGAGCCAAGACAUAGCAGAGAACCGUAGGAGCCUCCUGCACCUGAGUUCUCGACUCAAUGGGGCUUUGCGCCAGGAGCAGAAUUUUGCUGAUUACUUCCUCCCUGAUGAUGAGGCUGCCCAAGCACUGGGCAAGACCUGCUGGGAGGCCCUGGUCAGCCCCCUGGUGCAGAACAUCACCUCCCCUGAUGAGGAUGGCAUCAGCCCCCUGGGCUGGCUGCUGGACCAGUACUUGGAGUGUCGGGAGGCUGCCCACAAUCCCCAGAGCCGUGCGGCAGCUUUCUCCUCAAGGGUGCGCCGCCUCACCCACCUGCUGGUGCACGUGGAGCCCUGCCAAGCGCCUCCUCCGGUGGUGGCCACUCCUCGACCCAAGGGCAGAAACAGAAGCCACGACUGGAGCUCCCUGGCCACAAGGGGCCUUCCCAGCAGCAUCAUGAGAAAUCUGACCCGCUGUUGGCGAGCCGUGGUGGAGGAGCAGGUGCACAGCUUUCUGACGUCACACUGGCGAGACGAUGAUUUUGUGCCUCGCUACUGUGAACACUUCUAUAACCUGCAGAAGUCCAGCUCUGAGCUGUUCGGGCCUCGGGCCGCCUUCCUGCUGGCACUGCAGAAUGGCUGUGCUGGGGCCUUGCUGAAGCUCCCUUUUCUCAGAGCUGCCCACGUGAGCGAGCAGUUUGCCCGGAACAUUGACCAGCGGAUCCAGGGCAGCCGGAUUGGUGGGACGCGGGGAAUGGAGAUGCUGGCACAGCUGCAGCGAUGCCUAGAGACUGUCCUCGUUUUCUCUGGCCUGGAGAUAGCGACCACCUUUGAGCAUUACUACCAGCAGUAUAUGUCAGACCGUCUCCUGGCCGUGGGCUCGAGCUGGCUGGAGGGGGCCGUGCUGGAGCAGAUUGGUUCCUGCUUCCCCAACCGCCUCCCGCAGCAGAUGUUGCGGAGCCUGACCACCUCCGAGGAGCUGCAGCGCCAGUUCCAUGUGUACCAGCUCCAGCGGCUUGAUCAGGAGCUGCUGAGGCUGGAGGACGCGGAGAAGAAAAUCCAGGUGGGCCAAGAAGCCAGCAGCCAGGAGUGUGAGAGCAAGAAGAAAGAGGUUGCUGGAGCAGUAGCGGCUUUGGAUCUGGGGGAGGAAGAAGAGAAUGAGGACCUUUAUUAUGAAGGGGUGAUGCCAGAAGUGUCUGUGCUCGUCCUGUCCCCCCGCUGCUGGCCUGUCGCCUCCAUCUGUCACACGAUGGACCCCAGAAUCUGCCUGCCCGCCUACCUGCGGGGCACCCUGAACCGAUACUCCAACUUCUACAACAGGAGUCGUGGAAUGCAGAGGCGACUGCAAUGGACGUGGCUGGGCCGGGCUGAGCUGCAGUUUGGGGACCAGAUCCUGCACGUGUCCACCGUGCAGAUGUGGCUGCUGCUGUAUUUCAACGAUCUGAAGGCCGUCUGCGUGGACAGCCUGCUGGCGCUCUCCGGGCUCUCUGCGGACCUGCUGAACCAGGCAAUCGGGCCUCUUACCUCUUCUCGAGGCCCCUUGGACUUCCACGAGCAAGAGAACAUACCAGGAGGGGUGCUUAAGGUUCGAGACACCAGCGAGGAGCCCAGGCCAAGGAGGGGCAGCGUGUGGCUCAUCCCGCCUCAGACCUACCAGAGAGCUGAGGACGAAGGGGGCCGGAACUUGGAGAAGAGACGGAACCUUCUGAACUGCCUCGUCGUCCGCAUCCUCAAGGCCCACGGGGACGAGGGGCUGCACAUCGACCAGCUCGUCUGUCUGGUGCUGGAGGCCUGGCAGAAGGGCCCGUGUCCGCCCCGGGGCUUGCUCAGCAGCCUUGGAAAGGGCUCCACCUGCAGCAGCACUGACGUCCUCUCCUGCAUCCUGCACCUGCUGAGCAAGGGCACGCUGAGACGCCAUGAUGACCGGCCCCAGACGCUGGCCUAUGCGGUCCCCGUGACCGUGAUGGAGCCUCACACAGAGUCCCUGAACCCAGGCUCCUCAGGCCCCAACCCACCGCUCACCUUCCACACCCUGCAGAUUCGCUCUCGGGGUGUGCCCUACGCCUCCUGCUCUGGCACCCAGAGCUUUUCCACCUUCCGGUAGCCCUGGAGACGGGGUCUGAGGAAUGUAGGCCAGGGCUUUCUGCAGAAAUAAAAUGCAAGAGUUGCA